AUGAUGUCAGCGAUCGUUUUGCCUUUCUAUCGUCUAGGUGAUGACACGCUUUCGAGGAAUGCUAGAUCACCUCUCGAAACCAUCCUCCGAGGUAUCUCGAAUGCUACCACACCCUCCAGCCACACUCCCUUCGCAAUGACGCAUAACAGCAGCUCCACAGACCAGGACCCCACAGUCCUACACAACGCACGGUGA